AGAGUCACCGCUUCCCAGGUGUUGAUCAUUUUCUGCAGUCUGUUCCCAAUAUCACUAUUUUAUUGAUUUUAUUUUUUUCACUAUUGCCCCCUUCUUUCUCACCAUUCUAACAAACUCUUCUCACACUGCAAAUUCUGAGAGAAACUCAACUCCCGAUUCCACUGCUAAAUAUAUAUUCUUCUUUUUCUUCCCCAUCCCUCUGUACCCUUCUGCUAAUUUUCUCAGUUUUUUCAGUUACCCUUUAAAUACUUGUCCAUCUUUUUUCCUUUACACCUCACUCUCACCAUUUUCACUUCACCUUUUCCUUCAGCAAGCUGAAACAACCCAUUAAUGGACACUGUGGAGCAGUUAAAGCUGGAGGAGGAGGAGGAGCAGCAGCAGCAGCAGAUGGACAUCACGACCAUGAUGAUGCAACACCUCCCUCAAUUCUCUGAACCCUAUUGUGACACCGACACCAUGGAUGGUUUUCAUCCCCAAGAAGACUUCUACAGUAACAACAACAAUAUACGCAGUGGUAGCACCAUGCCACUGGCAGAUUUACUAGAUAAUAACCCUCCCAGCCACUUACCUUGGUCCUCUUACUCAUUCACGCACUUAAUACCAUCACCCACAUCCUCCGCUAUAAUCUCUUUCUCCGUCAACAGCAACAACCCUACCCCAAUAAUGCUUCAACAAACCCCAACCGAGGGUGCAACUGCAACUGCAAACCCUUACGGUGAGAAGCGGAGCUCCAUGGCGGCGAUGAGGGAGAUGAUAUUCAGGAUGGCGGCGAUGCAGCCGAUACACAUAGACCCGGAGUCGGUGAAGGCGCCGAAGAGGAGGAACGUGAAGAUUUCGAAGGACCCUCAGAGUGUGGCAGCGCGGCACCGCAGAGAGAGGAUCAGCGAGAGGAUAAGGAUCCUGCAGAGACUGGUCCCUGGAGGAACCAAGAUGGACACCGCGUCGAUGUUGGAUGAGGCAAUUCACUACGUCAAAUUUCUGAAAACGCAGGUUGGGGGAGAGGGAGCAAUGUGCAAGAUGAAUGCAGAAAGAAAUGAUGGUGGUGGUGCUUGGAACAUCUGUACGGCCAUAAUGGGAGGGUUUCCGAGGCUUGGAAAAGUUGAAGACGACAAAGUGUUGACACGGUGUAAAAGAGGAUGAUGCGAGCUGUAAGGUGUAGUUGUGUUAGUGCACUAUAACUUAGCUGCUGAUGCUGCUAUGUAUCAUCAUCAAUAAUAUACACAGCCAAAUCUGGUUUAUAUAUUAAAUAGUUUGGAAAAGAAAAAAGAAAAGGAAAAAAUAAGAGGAUUUAGCAACGUAUGCAGAAAAGAAAAGCACGGGGAUAGAGGAGAAGAUGCAUGAGAAAUCCACGUGAUUAUCUGACACCAAUGCGGUGGUUGCGUUUACUAUCGGCCACGGCCAUGACGUCCUUCCACCUCAUCCCCUCACACGUGAUCGCCAUCUGCUUCCUCCACCCCAAAUCUUACGGUGCUUCUCCACCUCACACUGCUUUUUCUUAUAUGCGCACUCUUUAUUUUCAAAAUUUACCCUUCUUAUAUUACAAAUAAAUAACUAAAUACUUU